AUGAGCCAUUCGCUGUCGCCAACCAACAGGAAUUCAAUCUUUGGGUGGGUGAAGAACUUAAAGCGGGGCAGUCUUAUGUCCAGCGAUAGUGUCAACGAUGUGACGUCUGACAACGACGCGUUUCCGGGAGAAUCAAGAUCGCCCACGAAGUCAAUAAACAACGGCCAGACCCAGGUGCAGAGUCCGCAUUCUCACCAGGAGUUUUUGAGGCCGAUGCUACAUCACAAGUCAAGAUCAACUAAUAAUUUAAACAGGGUUCGUUCGAACUCCUUCAACCAGUCGGAAAAAAGUUCCACCAUAAGACAACACAGAGACUCGUUUUUACAACAUAAUCCCCUAGUGGAUGAAAACAGCAAAUAUUUUGGAGUCCCUUUGGAUGAAGCCAUAAAGCAAGCAUCUGCUAAAAUUUCUAUAUUGACAAACGAAGACUCCGACCAUGUUUUACAAUAUGGAAAAAUCCCUAUCGUUGUAGCUAAAUGUGGGGUUUAUUUAAAGAAGAAUGGUUUGAAUGUGGAAGGUAUAUUCAGAGUUGGAGGCUCUUCGAAAAGAGUAAAAGAGCUACAAUUAAUAUUUAAUUCACCUCCAGAUUUUGGAAAAAAAUUGAAUUGGGAUGGCUACACAGUUCAUGACGCUGCUUCAGUUUUAAGAAGGUACUUAAAUGCUUUACCAGAACCAUUGAUAACGUUGGAUUUAUAUGAAUCCUUCAGGGAACCAUUAAGGAAAAGACAAAGAAUAAUACACUACAUGAAAUAUAAAGCAGAAAAUCCUAAUAAGCCAUACAAAAAGUCAAAUACUGAUCUCUCGUUAAAUGAUGAUGAUAAGAAGAUCGACACGAAUAGUGAGUUAUUAUCUUCAAGCCAUUCACAACCCCUAACAGAAACAAAUAUUGGGAGACUAAACAAUUCAAAUCUGUCUACCUCGCAAGAUACGCUGGAAAUUUGGAAUUCAAAAAAUGCAUCGCAAAAUGCAUCUCUAUCGCAGUCUAACCCUCGGUCAAAUUCUCAAGCUCAAGCAGACUUGAUUCAAACUUCUAGCAAGAGUAAUAAUGACAGCAAAAGCAAGGCAAAGAAGCUAAAAAAUUAUACGAAGCUAACCAAGGAUAUACAUGAAGCUAUUGAUGAAUAUAAGGCAAUGGUUGACAAUUUACCGAAUUUAUCAAAACAAUUAUUGUUCUAUAUAUUAGAUUUAUUGGCAAUGGUGCAAAAUAACGCUAGUGAGAAUUUGAUGCCGUCUAGAAAUUUAGCUGCAAUAUUCCAACCAUCUAUUUUAUCGCACCCAAGCCAUGAUAUGGAUCCGGUAGAAUAUGCAUUAUCCCAAUUAGUGGUUGAAUUUUUAAUUCAAUAUGCUUAUAUCUUGUUGCCGAAUCAAAACCCGUCAAAGCUGGGGUCCAAAUCAAAACAAGUUUCAUCUACAUCGUUGGACAAAACAGGCCAACCUGAUUGCGAAUCAAACCGGUCACAAGUUGCAUCGCUAGGGCAACAUGAACAACAACAAGAGCGAAACAAGUUUUCUCAGCAAUCAGAUGCUACUACCAACAAUUUGACAUCAACGAGUACAACACCCUUAGAUUUUGAAUCGCAAGGCUUGUUAAACAAGCCUUUCAAACGGUAUCAUAGUAAAUCCUUAUCUUCAUCGUCUAACCACGAAGACUUGGUUGGUUAUCAGAAUAAUGUCAAUUCGAAAUCUUUACCAAUUGUAGAUUCUGAUCAUGACUUUGAAAUAACUGACGAUGAAAAUGACGAUGAAACACCUGAAGUGGAUAUGAAAGAUUCUGUCAUCAGCCCAGAUGAGUUUCAAUUUGUUACCAAUGCCAACCAAGCGUUUGAAGAAAAUAUCACUCCUAAUGUUUCUAUUGUUGUUUCGACCCCACCUGUACCGGUGUCUAAUACCAAGGUUGAAUGA